CUUCCGGGCGGCUAACGCAACAACAGCAGCAAACCCACCCGCGCUGCUGUGUUUCGUUCCCUUCUUUCUGUUUUUAUUUUAUUCACCUGCCGCUCGCCCCCGCGCGGCCUCGCGUCUCACCAUGCGCGCUCCCGUGUUGGUGACGCUGUUUGUUUGGGUGCUGAGCGACGCGACGACGCGUCACUUCAGCGAGGAGGAGAUGGCUGCUGUCAGACAGCGCAUCAAAUCAAUGUUCUACCACGCCUACAACAGUUACCUUGACAACGCUUUCCCCUAUGACGAGCUCCGCCCACUCACCUGUGAUGGACAUGACACCUGGGGCAGUUUCUCUCUCACUCUGAUCGACGCUCUGGACACUCUGCUGGUGUUGGGGAACCAGACAGAGUUCCAGCGCGUGGCGUCGCUCCUCCAGGACACCGUGGACUUCGACAUCGACGUCAACGCCUCCGUGUUCGAGACCAACAUCCGAGUGGUCGGCGGCCUGCUGUCGGCUCACCUGUUGGCAGGUAGGGCGAAGAUGGAGCUGGAGCCCGGUUGGCCGUGUUCAGGGCCGCUGCUGAGGAUGGCCGAGGAGGCCGCCAGGAAACUGUUGCCUGCGUUCCAGACCCCCACCGGGAUGCCGUACGGCACGGUGAACCUGCUGAGGGGGGUCAGUCCCACCGAGACGCCGGUCACCUGCACCGCCGGCGUGGGCACCUUCAUCCUGGAGUUCGCCACGCUGAGCCGGCUGACGGGCGACGAGGCGUUCGAGGACGCCGCCCGCCGGGCCCUAAUGGCGCUGUGGAGGACCCGGUCCAACAUCGAGCUGGUGGGGAACCACAUCGACGUCCUGUCUAAGAAGUGGGUUGCCCAGGACGCCGGCAUCGGCGCCGGAGUGGACUCCUACUUUGAGUACCUGGUGAAAGGAGCCAUCCUGCUGCAGGACGAGGAGCUGCUCCACAUGUUCCUGGAGUACGACCGGGCCAUCCAGAACUUUACCCGCUUUGACGACUGGUACCUGUGGGUCCAGAUGCACAAAGGGACGGUCUCCAUGCCCGUCUUCCAGUCUCUGGAGGCCUUCUGGCCCGGCCUGCAGUCCCUCCUGGGGAACCUGGACAGCGCGGUGAGAACCUUCCAGAACUACUACUCGGUGUGGAGACAGUUUGGAGGUCUUCCCGAGUUCUACAGCAUCCCUCAGGGUUACACGGUAGACAAGAGGGAGGGGUACCCGCUGAGACCGGAGCUGAUAGAGAGCGCCAUGUACCUGUUCAGGGCGACGGGCGACCACACCUACCUCCAGCUGGGCCUCGACGCGCUCGAGUCCAUCGAGAAGAUCACCAAGACACCCUGCGGAUACGCCAGCGUGAAGGACCUGCGAGAUCACCAGCUGGACAACCGGAUGGAGUCCUUCUUCCUGGCCGAGACCAUCAAGUACCUCUACCUGCUCUUUGACCCCGCCCACUUCCUGCACGGCGGGGGGGCGGAAGGUGACGGCUCCUGGGAGGAGGGUGGCGAGGGGGGGGGGUGCGUUCUUGGGGCGGGCGGCUUCAUCUUCAACACGGAGGCCCACCCUCUGGACCCGGCGGCGCUGCACUGCUGCGGGCGCCACGCACGGGACCGCCAGGAGCUGCGGGACGUCCUGCUGGGCCUGAUGCAGCCAGGCGGCCAACCGGACCGAGGGCGCAGCGAGGGCCCGCCUCCCGGCCCAUCGGAGGGCCCGCCUCCCGGCCAAUCGGAGAGCAUUGUUUUGAAGCCGGGCGAGAGGAAGACGCCCCUGCUGUCCUGCCCCGUUCAGCCCUUCAGCGCUCGACUCGCCGUCCUGGGACAAGUUUUCUCGGAUGACGCCUGAACGCGCCGUGGGAUCAGCUGAUGUGUGAGCGUUCCAGAUGUGACGUUCAUGAACAAUAAGUCAUGAUGCAAGUUAUUGCAUUUAUGAAGCAGCGAAACAAAAACUCAAACUGCGACUUUGUCUCUGUAAUUUAAAAUGAGUGAAAUAUAUUUUUAUCUAUUAGAAACGUUGUUUGGUGUCAUAUUGUGUGUAUAUGUAACAUACGGGUUAUUGAUCAGUAUUCAGUCUUAUAUAGUGUAUAUAUAUGGUAUAGUGAUGACAUGGUUCAUGUUCCUUUGUGCACAAAAUGAAUCUUCUUACAUGAAAUCCUCCCCGACUGACAGAUAAAUUAAAAAAAAGGAACUGUGGGCGAGUGGGGAGCAGGUCGUCCUCCAAUCAGAGGGUUGGUGGUUCAUGUCCACGUGUCCUUGGGCAAGGCACCAUCGAUGCUCCUGCAGCUGUGACUGCAGUGUGUGAAUGAGUGUGAAUGGCUGAGUGAUGUCAUGUAGUGUUAAAGCGCUUUAAGUGGUCGGAAGAUGCUGUACAGACUAUUUACACCCAACCCCCCCAAAGGGUGUGUCUCUGGAUCCGUCUCCUCAAUGACUCCAUCAUGACUAACUUCUUCAGCUCGUCCUCCUUCCCUCGUCCAACUUCUGCUUCAUAUCAGAUUAGAUAUGAGAACCCUUAUUUUAAAUGUCCUUACAGACGUCUGUGUCUCUUAAUGCUGCUCCUCUGGACCAGAACUCCUCACAGCACCAACUUAUAGAUCAGCGUCUCUACCCGCCACGCCUACUUCCUGUUAGAGACGGUCUCUGGGUAAAAAGAGGAUGGAGCAGGAGUCGGGUCUCGGGUCGGGGGGGUCGGGGGUCCCAGUGUUCAGGCUUGGUUGUGAAGGUUUGUGAUCGUCUCUAAGGAGUGGUCAACUUCCUGUACACAUGACAUCAUCACCGGGCGUGUGCAGCUCUGCAGACAGGUCCAAGAACAGAUGAUGGCGAUGAUAAUGGGACACGCACACACACACACGCACACGCACACAGAGGCCAUGUUACACUCACCCUGGUCUGCUCACACGUUGCAUAAUGUUCGCAUUUGGCUCGAGGUUCCCAAACUAAUCACACUGAAGAAGGUCCACACCCUCCGCGCACACACACACACACACACACACACACACACACACUCAUCUGUUCGCCAUCAGCAGCCUGUCAAUGACAACAGGCUCACGAGGGCCGGGUUCGGUGCACUCACCAUCGCAUGCUAGUCUUAUGAUGUAUAGAUUUAUGUGUGUGUGUGCAGCUGUGAGGAAUGUGGUACUCGCCCCUCGGCCCAGUUUAACAGUCCCAGUAUGAGGGGAAUUCCAGUUUACUUCUCUUACUUUAUUUCUGUGUCUUUUUAUUCUUGCACAACAAUGACUCUGUUCUGUAGAGAUUUUUCAUCUGAAGUCCUUAAAUUAAACCUCCCAGUGGAUCAUUGACUUUAA